AUGUAUCAAUACAUUCCAAGUAUAAAAAGGAGUAAAUCUAUUGAUUUUGAUUUGACAUUAUUGCAAUCGGAUAUUGCUCAUGGAGGGUUUAAAACGUCUAAGUCGUGUCCGAAUUUGAAAAAAAUACAUGUUCCGCUAGAACAACGCAACGACGACUUGGAAUGGAAAGAGUUGUUAAAAUCACUCAUUGACACUUGGGUUCAAAAGAAAGACACGCAGAUACAAAAUAUCGAGCUUCAAACAUUAUGCCUCGAAGAUUUACUGAGUCACUAUUCUGAGCAAAUGCAAAAGACCUUGAAGAAACACAGGGCGUUGACUAGUGACGUGCAUGACAAGACGGAAGAAUUAAGAUCAUUAGUGCAAGCAGUUGCCGUAGAAAAGCAAAGCCAAAUAGAUUUAAAGGAAAAACUCGGCCGUUUAGAAUUGGAAUAUCAGAACAAAAGCCAUAUCCUAGAACAGCAAAUUACCACUAAUAAAGAAUUAGAAUCUGAAAAACAACAAUGGGUUGAAAAACUUUCGUCAUCGGAACGUUUGUGGGAUUCGGAUUUUAAAAGAAUCACGGCCGUCAACCAGGAAAUAAAGACAACAUUUUCUAGCGAUAUUGUCAACUACAAACUGGCGAAUGGGCAUCUGAUAGACGUCCGGAACUGUUUAGAUAUAUCGAUUGCCAAAAAGAUUGCUAUAAAUCAAGAAUAUAUGAGUAUGAUGAGAAAAAUAAUAGAAUAUCAAGAAGCUACGCAGAUGAGAAAAAUGAUAAAAAAAUCUAUUUAUGCAGGGUCGUUGAUGUUUUUGGAUGAGUUAAUACGAUUUUUAUCAUUUUAA